ACAAAAAAACCGCUCCAGCUGGGGUACUGGGAGCCCGAUAGAAUUGGAAGCCAAGUAGAACGGCAACUCAGAGCAAGUGGAAUUCGGUGUGAUGAAUCCUCCCAGCCAGGGUGAGGGGAGGGGGCCCGGACCCACGGUGGGGUCACAAGACCCAGCAGAGUUCCCGAAGUUUUCCAGAAGGCGGAGAUGCUGUGGGCACAGGGUGCAGCUGGCGCUGUUGGGGCUGGCGACCAUCCUGCUGUGGGCCGGGCUGCUGACCCUGUUUCUCUUCUGGCACUGGGACACUGUGCAGAAUCUGAAACAGCUGGAAGUAACAGCUGCCCAGAACGUCUCUCGGGUUUCCAAGGACUUGGAAAGACACAAUGGUGACCAGAUGGCCCAGAAAUCCCAGGCUGCCCAGGUGUCACAGAACAUGGAAGAAAUCCGAGCUGAACAGAAGAGAAUGAAAGCGCAGGACUCCGAGCUCUCCCGGAACCUGGAUGGACUUCGUUCGGACCUGAGCAACCUCAAGUCCCUCAGCUUGAACGAGAGACAUACGGCCCUACGUUCAUUGGAAAGACUCCAGGAGGAGAUGGUGAAGCUGUGGAUAGAGCUGCACGCGUCCAACGCCCGGACCCCAAGAGUGACUCCAGGAGAGACGCUGCCACCCACUCUGCCUAUUGUACCCACGGUGCCAGCCACGGCGCCAGCCACAGCACUUGCCACGGUACCAGCCACACCAUCCACCACGGUGCCAGCCACACCAUCCACCACGGUGCCAGCCACAGUGCCAGCCACAGCAUCCACCACGGUGCCAGCCACGGCGUCCGCCACGGUGCCCACCACAGCUGCCCCCCUGAGCCUCUCCUCCACCCCAGGCUCCAUGUGUAACACGUGCCCCGAGAAGUGGGUCAACUUCCAGAGGAAGUGCUACUAUUUCGGCAAGGACCCCAAGAAGUGGAUCCAGGCCCGGUUUGCCUGCAGCAAACUGCAAGGGCGGCUGGUCAGCAUCCACAGCGAAGAGGAGCAGGACUUCCUGGCCAAACGUGCCAACAGGAAGGGCACCUGGAUUGGCCUUCGGGACCUGGACAGAGAGGGGGAGUUUAUCUGGAUGGACAAGGACCCCCUGAACUAUAGCAACUGGCGGCCGGGCGAACCCAACAACGGGGGCCAGGGCGAGGACUGCGUGAUGAUGCAGGGCUCCGGGCAGUGGAAUGAUGCCUUCUGCGGCAGCCAGUUGGACGGCUGGGUGUGUGAACGGCUGGCCACGUGCUGACCGCCCGCCUGCCACCUCGGCCCCCCUGCGGUUCACCAGGAUGUGCUCCGAGACCCAGACCCUGACAGUCCCCAGCCCACCUGCCAGGUGCACCCCCUGCAUUGCUCCCCCGCCUCAGACAGGAACACCCAGGCCCACAGCAGGGCUCUGAGGACUCUCAACCAUUUGUGGCUAAGGUCCCGGCUACAUUUUCUCCUGCCUAAAUGGAAGAAGGACUGUGGACCCACCCCCUGCUCCUGCCAACUCCCCAGAUGGCCUGUCCCUUGCUCCUCAGCCCAGCUGGCUGUCACCAUGUCCCUGCCUUCAAGUGCUCAGAAUACCCACCUCGGAACUUUCUGGAUGCUUCAGGCCCCUAUGAUGCCCAGGCUUCCUCUGUCAGACCCGCCCACCGUCUGCUGGAGUCAGGGGUAGACCACACCCCCACCCCACCCCUGGCCUCCCCAGAUGCAGCCCCCCGCAAUGUCCUAGCCCCACAGGGAGAAGACCCCCGGCUCAGGCAGCCAGGCUCCCCACCCAGCCCAUGUUAAUAAAACGGGGUGAGGACGGCCCCUUCCCUGGGGCCUCGCUGGCUCUGGUCUCCAGAUGUGGGAGCUGCGAGUUCCGGAACCUCCUGCCUGAGGCCACCUCGGAGUAUCCAGAGCAACUAAAAUGGCAUUUGUACCUCCCCCCUCCCCCACGCCUACUUUAUUACAAGAAGCAUUUACUAGACAGGGCUGGAGAUGAAGACUUUGGGGUCCAAUGGCGCAGAGAACACACUUAGACCCCCAAGAAUAUUGCAGGGCGGGGCAGUGGAUGGCUCUGAGCCUAACUGCCAGCCUAGGCUGCUGGCAGGAGGGCAUGAGUCCACACAUGAGAAGAGCUCAGAAUGGGCCUGGUACACAGAAGGCACUCAGUAAAUGCUGGCAGGCCCACAGGUAGCCUGGUCACUCAGUCCAAAGGUGCUGGCCCCACCUGACAUGGGUUUCAGGAGGCCUAGGUGGCACCAGCCCCGGGCUUGGCCAGGGUCAGUCCCUGCAUCAGAGGCUAAGGAAGGAGGCAGGCCAGGAUCACAGGACACCCCGCAUUAAACCCCUCGCCUGCCCACCCCAACCCCAAUUCCUGGCCUAGAGAAGGAAGAACCAGGCGUGCUCAUGUGAUUCUCAGGCCCCCUGGAGGGGAAUCCAUGAGGAGAGCCCCACACAGGACCACCUGGGACCCGGGAGUCAAGGACUGGGCCAAGGGGACCGGGGAGGGUGCUACAGUGGCACCCGGGGGCCCUGGGGCCAGGAAGGGGCAGGGGUGAAGCUAGGCCUAGGUCUACCUGUUGUCUACCCACUGCUCUCCCCAUUUCUGCCUCCUCCAGACCCCCUGGAACUCCAGGCCAGUGCCUAACUGCCCACCUGAGCUCUCCAAAGGGGACUCCCAGCCCCACUCUGCCACUCAGGCCAACGUUGGGGUCACACUCAGCACCUGUUUCCUUCGCUGCCCCCUCGGAAUCCUCAGAGGAAGCCAUGUACAGAAUCUGCCCACUUCUCACCGCCCCCAGCCACCUCUCUGGUGUAGCCCCCAUCCUAGCUUGCCUCAAUCUCCUUCACUGCCUCUCACCUUCCAGAAGUUUCCUUCUGGCUCUGAGGAAAAAAACAAAAACAAAAUUAAAAAAACCCAAAGUCUUACAGGGUGCUUUGCAAUUGCAGAAUCCCUGUAACUUGCCUUGUCUCCCCAGCUUUACUUCUACUCUCCCCUCCGAACCCCAGCACCUACACCAGCCUCCUCGCCUGCCCUUACAUGUGGAGGCUCGCUCCUGCCUCAGGACUUUUGCACAUGUCCCCUCUCCCACUUGCUCCCCAGUGAGGGCUAUCCUGGGCUCCCCCUCCCUCCCACUUAAAAUGACAAUCCUGACUCCGGAUCCCUUUUAUCUCACCCUACUUUCUCACCACAAACUCUUCCCCUUCCAAGAAAAUGAUAUUCACUGCUCUGCGUGUUCUCAUCUCCCCGGGGCUUGAAUGUGACCUUCAGGAGGACAGGAGCUUUUGUUCUGUUCUCAGCUGUGACCCCAGCACCUGACCCAUAGUAGGUGUUCAAUAAAUACCUGUUGAAAAAUGAA